UUCUUCUGAAGAAGAAGCCGAUUAUGAUAUUGUCGUCAAUAACAAUGAGGUACAACCUUACAUGUUUGAGCCUUUGGCCAACGCGGAAGGUGGUCAUAGUAAUGACAAUUCUUCGUCAUCGGAAAGCGAAGAUGAAUACAUUCACAGAGUUGGAAAUGUUGAAUGGUGCGAGUGUGGCUUUUGUGUGGUCAUGAGUACAGGACGGGAAAGUAUAUGUUGCCAAGAGGUAAACAACACUGAUCCUCUGAUACAUGGCGAUCAUAUUUGCAUCACACAAGAGGAAGAGUUUGCCACAGUAUGUACAAACGAAGCUGUCUUAAAAACAGCUAUGGUCGUGUACACACAUGACAUUGGACCUAUGCCUGAGUGA